AUGCAAUACAAAUGGUAUCGUAUAUUGAAUUACUGGUCGGUCCGUAAUAUCUCGGGUCCAAAACCCAUACCAUUGUUUGGCAAUACUUUAAGCCCUAUUCUAAGACCUAAGCCAUUGGUUGAGUUGGAGUGGUAUAAGACUUACGGUCCAAUCUAUGGUAAAUAUAAUUGUGGAAAACCGGAGCUAUCGGUGGCGGACCCGGUGCUCCUCAAACAGAUUCUGGUAAAAGACUUUCACAAAUUCCGUAACCGAGGCGUAGCUAAAGUGGAUGACGUCGUCUUUGCAAACAUUUUCCUCGCCAUUGAUGACGACUGGAAACGGAUGCGAGCCAUAGCCAGUCCCUUAUUUAGCACCGGUAAACUCAAACACAUGUGUCCAGUGAUCAACGAGUGUUGCGACAACUUCUUGGCCGCACUCGACAGAGACGUGUCCACCGGUCGGACGGAAGUGGAGUUAAAGCAAGUGAUGGCCGCCUAUACCGUGGAUGUGAUCGGCAAAUGUGUCUUCUCUGUUGACACCGACUCCUAUUGCGAUCCAAACAAUCCGUUCACUACUAAAGCGAAUUGGAUUUUAAAACAUUUCACCACUUCUUCAUCUGCUUUAUUGACUAACAUUUUGCCCACUUUUCUGACUAAACGGUUGGCAGCCAUUGGCUCAUCAAAUAUUAUGUUUUUCAAGCAUCUCUCUAAGCGUUUGAUAUCUGAGCGCAAAAAUGCGGCCAAAAAACCAAACGAUUUCUUACAGUAUUUUACAGAUAUGAAGAUAGAGGACAACAACACGACUACGACUACGGGUGCGGACUCUGUGGCCACCGAUGAACUAAUGAUAGAGAAGCGGGCGUUAAGUGCAGUCUUGAAGAAGAAAAAGUUAACUACAGACGAAGCGAUCGCUCAGACAAUUGUAUUUUUUAUCGCCGGCUACGAGACAACGGCCACAGCUCUGGCGUACUGUACGUAUGAAUUGGCACUCAAUCCCGAUAUUCAGGACCGGUUGGUGGCGGAGACCAGAGAGGCGUUCAGUGAAAACACGGGAGACAUAGACUACGAGACCGUUAUCCGACUCCCACUCCUCGACGCCGUUAUAUCGGAAACUCUUCGCAAAUACCCGCCGGGUAUUAAUCCCUUGCGUAAGGCCGCGGAGGAUGUGAUGCUCACCACAGGUACCGACGGAUUAACGUUUAAGGUUGAAAAGGGAACGAAUGUAGAGAUCCCGGUGUAUGCCAUACAUCACUCGCCCGAUAACUAUUCCGACGCAUUUAUUUUCAAACCCGACCGCUUUUUGCCACAGAAUCGCCAUAACAUCAAACCCUAUACAUACUUACCAUUCGGCGCCGGACCCCGUCAUUGCAUUGGUAUGCGUUUUGCACUUCUUAUGGCCAAACUGGCCAUGGUCAAAUUGAUCCGACAAUUCCGAUUCUAUCGUUUGCCCACCACUGAUGUGCCCGUUGUGUUCACUGCGGGUCGACUUACUGUACAUUCCUGUAGUCUUCGAGUGGGAGUUGAGAAGCGUUGAAAGAAAAUCAAUUUACUUCAGAACUUCAAAAUAUAUUACUUCCAAAUUUCAUACACUAAAGUAAAAUUCUUAAUAACACGUUAGCAACAGUCAACAUGAAUCUGACUUAAUUUUCCCUUACCGUAUCUCUAAACAUUACUCUCUCACACCUCUCUCGCUCUUAUAGUCGCUCUCACAUACAAUACUCUGCAACCCUCUCUCCCUCUCCCGUCAUUUUGUAUCAAUAAAGUACGGAUUGAAUGAUGCUAUAAUGCACUCGUAUAUUAGAAAUAGCAUUUGUGAAAGC